CUGAGCUCCAAGACAAAACGGUCGUCUACAAAAGAACGUCUUCGAUGAGUGAGGGUCAUGCAAACAAUUACCAAUUACUUCAAGAUUCAGUCUGUACGUGAUCAAGAAGACUACAUCGGCGUCGACGACAAAGGCGAGAUCAUGCGACCAAGUGAAGUCAAACCCUACCAAUAAUAAUACAACAUCCGGGAAUGUUUUAAUACUCACGUGACGUCUUUUGGUUGGGCCACAGCAAGUGCCUACAGCACGAAUUCUUCGCGAACGCAGAAAGAACAUGAAGACUACUUUCCUUUCGUUUGCUAUCAUCAUCAUCAUUACUCUCGUAACUACUGGAAAAGCAGCUUGUCAUAACGUCUGUCCAACAUUGUCUCGUCUUCUCACCAUUCGUCCAGGAAACAGUAUCUACGUUCACGGUCACGUACCUUGCGACUCCUGCAACUUUGAUAUCAAUCUCUACACAAGUCCAGCAGGAGACAACAGCGAUGUCGCUCUCCGCAUUGGCGUUCAAUUUGAUGCAAAGGCCGUUAUUUUAAAUUCUAGGAGAAACGGAUGCUGGGGAAGGGUGAUAACAGCAGACGCGUUUCCGUUUGAAAGUGGAAAGAGAUUUCUACUCACCAUCACAACGACAACUAGAACUUACGAAGUCAAAGUGAAUGGAACGCUUUUACAUUCUUUUGUCCACCCGUUGCCGCUACAAUGUGUGAUACGCUUUGGUAUCAAUCAAGCUCCAUGCAUUGGAAACCUAACUGCGCUGGCGAAUGUCAGUCUCCCAUUGUCACGCCCUUAUCUCACCAACGCUCCAGGAAAAACCGUUUACGUUUACGGUGUGAUAUUACACGAUCCGGUCCACUUUGAUAUUGAUCUGUUUACGACUCCAGAAGGAGACGACAGCGGAAUCGCCCUUCACAUCAGCGUUCAAUCUGCUGUAAACGCUGUCUUUUUUAAUUCUAAGAUCGAGGGCGUGUAUGGCAAACAGGAGAAGGCAGAUACAUUUCCAUUCCAAGCAGAACAAAAGUUUUUGCUCACUAUAGCAACCACAAAGGAAACGUAUGACAUCAAAGUGAACGAGACACAUCUUUAUUCCUUCAACCACAGAGUGCAGCCACAAGAUGUGAAACGCUUAGCCAUUAGUCAACAAUCAGAAGAUGAAGUAUUAUAUGUCAGGAUUACUCGAUUAUUAGUAACAGGUUCCUGGACUCUUUCUUCACUAGAAGGUGAGAUAAUAGUAUUCGAAAGCAGAGCUGCUUCAACUGUUUCCAACAAAUACAUAAAGGUCAAGAGUGAUCAAACAACUGUUGUCACUACCGAUAGCACAUCACAAGAUAAAGUUCAAUUUACGAUUACUGGUUACGAAAAUCCGUACAGCUUCAGAAACAAUAAAUAUACUGACAAGUACCUGACAAUCAAAGAGAAUCAACUCUACGCCGAUCUUGAGAGUGACUAUGCUAAGUUCAAAGUCACACAAGACAAUGAAGAAUACUACAUUUUUGAGUCUACCGAAACGGAGGGAAGCUAUAUUGGCGUUAGCCAAUCAGGAGAUAUUGUACUACCAGACGAAGUAGAGGGCGAAGAAUCCAAUUUCUACAAUGGGUACACUAACUAACAUUGAGACGGCACGUGGUCUCUGCAAGUACAUGUAGAGAACUGGGUGCAAACAUUGGUUGACAUCUAUAGUUCGAAGUGUGAAUAUUUGCGUGCGUGCGUGUGUGUGUGUGUGUGUGUGUGCUUGUGUGUGUGUGUGUGUGUGUGUGUGUGUGUGUGUGUGUGUGUGUGUGUAUGUGUGUGUGUGUGUGUGUGUGUGUGUGUGUGUGUGUGUGUGUGUGUGUGUGUGUGCGUGCGUGUCUUAUAGCAUAUAAAAUAUAUCCCAUGACAGA